AUGGCAUCAGUGAAAGAAAGUAAUGACCCCACUGAUAAGCAAACAGAAGAUGAUCGAGCGAACAAAACCGAUCGAAAAGAAUCAAAGGAUCUAUCAGAACUUCCACCGAUUGGUACAUCUCUGCAUAAGAGACGAAGAGGAGAACCUCCUGCUACUUUGUCAGUAAAAACAGGACAAUCACCGUCCGACCCUGAGGGAUCUUCCCCUUGCACUGCUGGACCUACACCAGAAGAAACUUGGGGCAUCCCAGAUGGAUAUACAGCGGAUGCUGAAGCGCUGUGUGAUAGUAUGCUCCAAAGACUUAAAGACCGAGAGGAUCCGCUUUCAAAACGAGGCAAGGAUUUGGCGUCACGUACGAAGGAUACAUUAGAAAGUUUGGAUCAACUCGACAAAUUGCUAGAAAUUCUGGACCAGUUCGUUACAUUGAAAGAACAUAACUCAAGACUUUUGCGGAGACUUCGAGACGUAAAUCACCUUAAGCGUCUACACAACGCUCAUAAAAAAAUUGACCAGGAAAAUGAGUUACUAAAAAAUGAAACGAAAGAAAUUGAACUAAUCAAUGAAGCAUUAGAUGCUGAGCUCGAAUGUGAAUAUGGGCAGGUUAUCUUCGAUUCAAUGAUGGCUGGUGGUAGAAGUAUGAAAAGAACUGGGUCCAGGUGGAAAGGUCAUUCUAGAUUCGGAGGGUCGUUAUUAAGGAAACAGAGGUCAAGAUCAGCAGGUGGGGAGGAAAGUGAUGCGUCCCCGGGAACGCCUCUAAGAAGGAGAUCUGAUGGAAUAUUCGCAAAAGAAGUCGAUAAGUCAAAAGUUUCAAACUGGACAAGAGUAAAAGCAGCUUUCAAGUGGGAAAAAGCACAAUGGCCACCAACUACGAUAGGCGGAGCAGCGGCUGUCGCAGCAGGUGCCAUGGUGGGAGCCGUGGCCCUCGCCGGCUCCAGCCCGGGGACCCUCCCUAACCCGGAACCAAGGGACUCGGCUAGCUUGACUCCUGGCAGCGCGAUAUCACUGACACCGAACUCUUCGUGUGAAGAAUUAAGGAUGGAACCAGGUUUUUAUAGAAGCUGUAUUCGGAAUGAGGACCAUGACAAUUAUUUACAAGCACCGACUCAGGAUGACAGUUCAACUUCUCCUUCGCCUAAUAAACUACACAAAAGUCCAUGGAUCAAAAUGCGUGAUAUCAUCCAACCUCGUCGUGAAUCGCUGAAGAAGAAGACCAGAGCACUAAAAGGUUCUCCAGAUGUGGUUCCUUCUAGAAGAAGGUCUUUGAGCGACGGUGGUGACAGUGACGCUCCGCCUGCUCUUACCUUGACUAUACCUUCAUCUGAAGAACUAGAAUCAGAAGGCUCCCACCCAGCACUUCGGAAGCAGCGAUCAUUGGAACUCGGGGCACGACCACCUCAACAUCGACCGCCACGUGAUUCUAAGUGGACCAGAGUUAAGAGAGCGUUCCUCACCUCCGCCUCAGCUUCGGUGCCAUCAAGUCCUAACCGUCACUCGGCUUUCUUUACGGAUGGGGAUACAGAGGGCGUAAGUAGCGGUUGUGAGGCGAGCGGGGUGCGAGAGGAAAUAGCGAGGGACUACGCGGCGCUCCAGUCGCGUCUGCGGAGAGAAUUCUCAGACAGACAGGGGAAGUUGUAUGCUACUUCAAGACCUGUAGCGACAGAGGAACAACUAUCAGCAGACUUCAGGAAGAAGCUCACAGAAUGGCAAAGACUGAAAGGUGUACGGCAGCCUCCACCCGUGCCAGCGCGACAAGAUCUGAGCGACGACUUUCUUAAGAAAUGGGAUGCAUGGAAACGGAUGAAAGAAACAAAUUCAGUGCCUGCCUGGGAAGAAGAAGCGAAACCAGAUGAAGUGCUAGUGCAAACAUCCACUGGACUUUUUAAAUUCCAAGGUAUAUCUCGCUCAUUUACUCGUAAACUACACGAAUGGGAGAAGUCUCGAGGCAUUGCUCCUGAGGCUUCCACAUCAGCGCUGCUUCGCGCUGCCAAGUCGAAGGUGAAGCUCCCAGCUACUCCGCUCACACGCACGCAGUCAGACGGCAGUGUGGCGCCCUCUGCCGGUUCGGGAAGAGUACACGCCUCUAGCCUUAGCGUCAAUGAUGUUGAUGACAUUGAAUCGGAGUACGAGCGAGAACAUUCUUUGGACGGUGCAGAUGAAUGUGAUGGAGGAAACGCUCGUGAAGCUGUCCUCGUUGAAGUAGAAGCAGAGGAGAUUUGCACGGCAGCACCUCUUGUGGCCGUGUCACCUCGUCACACCCCUCAAAAACCAGUCUACACAUACGGACAGGCCGAAGCGAGGCAUUUGUGCGAGACCAGCUCCGCUGUUACUGGAACUGCUGUGGUUCAGCCUAAUGGUGCUGAUUCCCGCUGCGUGAAAACUAAAGAACAAACAACAAUCAAAACAAAGAUAUCCCGCGAACAGUUAACAGUCCAAGAAAAGAGUUCUAGACCAAAGAUGGUUAGACAACCAAGUAUAGAAGAAGAUGCAAAAUUUAUAAGAAAAACCAUUGAAGAAAUAGAAAGAGGUUCAAGUCGUUGCAAGGAAGAAAAUGCUAAAUCAAAUGUUUACAAACCAGAUACUUUAUACGAAAGGUCAAGCCCGUCAACAAGCAAAACUUCUAGUGUAAAAAAUCUAAAACAAUUUGAUAAUCUUAAAGAAAAGAAUGGUAAAGACAGCAAUGAAGAUAGUAAAGAUGACUAUAAACGCAAAGAUAUAGAUAAGAAUAAUGCUAAAAAGAAAUCAAAAUCCCGAGCUAGGCUUGAGAGAGAACAGUCGAAGCCGUCGGAGAGUGACACAGAACCCGAAGUCGAUACAGUCACCGUUGAGAUACCACGAAGACGAAAACGACCACGUCGACCUUCUGAAAAACCUAGGACACCUCCUCUUCACUCUGAUUCCGACGAAGAGGUCUUUGUACUUAAACUGAAGGCGCCUGAGAAUCGAGACGUUUCACCAGAAGUAAUCGUAAAAACAACUAGGAAAAUAUUUUCACCAGUUGUAAGAAGCGGCGAAUCCAUUCCUAGAGCUGUUAUUCCAGUAGAUGUCGAAGAUCUUGACGAAGUAAGACCUGUACCUUCUCCGAGCAGAAAAUCUGAAGCCAAACCGCAAACAGAACAAAACAGAGGAAAACAAGAACAUAAAUUGAAAGGUUCCGGUGAUAAUUUAGACGAAGAACAAAAGUUUAGAAGUAGACCGCCCCUGCCUUUAUCGCCUUCAUCGCAACGGAAACCUGCACCCAAAGAAACGGCGCCAUCCAUUCGUAUUAUGAUACAACGGUAUAAUAAAAAGAUAAAUGAAGAAGGAACCCCAUCAGCAAACAGUAGUGGAGCUUCGUCCCCUGCGUGGCGAUCACCUAAAUCCGAGAGACGUAGACCUGCUGAUAUGCCUGUUGGUGUUAACAUAAGAAAUAACCCGUUCCUCGAGAGAGAAGUAAAAAAGUCAGCGAGCGCCUGCCAGCUAUCCAGACGUGACCGGACAUCAGCUGAAAAAACCCUCUUACCAACACAACAAACACAGGACGGGGUCUUGAAAUCUCAUAGCGCGAACGCACUGCAUCCGGAACAGUCUAGGAGUUUUAUAUCACCAUCGAAAAUCGGAGACGGUCAAGAAACUCAAAAUCCUACUGCAAGUACUGACACCAUCGUCCCUAUAAACAGGGACAUCAAAAGAAAAAACGAAAAAUCUGUCGAAACCCAAUUUCCAGUGGCAAGACAACAGUCGGAAUCCGUUAUUCCCAGUUUGUCAAGAUUUAUGGCAGAGAAUCCUAGUUAUUUUGAGAGGUCGUUAUCGGCCGUGGAAACCCCAGUACCGUCCAGACAAGCUGAGGAAAUGGCUACGCAUCUGUCAGAAAGAGCUGCUCGUAUUAGAGCGGCGAGAGAAAGGUUUUUGUCUUCAACCACUCCAAUGAGACGAGAAGGCACUAGCUCGGCCACUGAUUUAACAAUAAGGCCAGGUGACAGGUCCAGUCGUAUCAGCUGUGAAAGUGACGCGGGCGAGAACCAGGGUGUGCCAGAGUCGGCGCUAGGUCGCAGCGCGUCCACUGGCAUGGUCAAUGUGGACAGAGAGGCUUGGCAAAGAGUUACGGAAGGGACUCGUCGAGAAAAACCUCGCUCGCGCUUCAGCCUGGCGCGGCUUGCGGCUAAACUCAGGCGUAAAGAAGAAAGUGCCGUGUCACGUCUGUGUCGGCAGAGCCUCCUUGUACAGUUACGAAAACAAUAAAUACAUUAUUCUGCCACCA